UUAACUUUAGUUUAUUUAGUAAAUAUUUUCUUAACUCUAUUUCUCGAACUGUAUUGUUGGCGAAGGGCUUGUAAGUAAGCAUUCCACCGUGUUCGGUUGUACUCGGCGCAUGUGACAAUACAAUUGGAUUUGAUUUGAACUCCUGCUUAUAUAAUCGCUUGUUUGUCCAUUGCAUCCAAAUUAUAUACAAUGUAGAAAAUUAACACCCGGCAAUGACUCAGACAAUUUCAAUUUGAGACUUAUGGCACCAUCUUUUAACCGUUUUGGCACCGGCUUUACGUUUGGUAGAGAGACCCCUGUACUCCCGAAAACCCAACCGAACAUCCCCACCCCCACACGGCGAGGUUGCGCCGUCAGGGAAGCCGUGAACUUGAACUUGACUCAGUCCUGAGCGGGGCUGGAGCCUUCUGUAUGCCGAGACAUGGGAUGGCCGUUACAGAACUACCCACCACCAAAGGACCAAGCAGCGUGGUGAAAGGGAUUCCUGAACAGCCUGGUGAGUCCUGUGCCUGCUCCCAGAGCCAGGCCUCCUGUGUGUCUCUCCACUCCUGUGGUGAUCCAUGGCAUGAAGCCUCCAGUGAUGAUCCAUGGCAAGAAGCCUCCAGUGGUGAUCCAUGGCACGAAGCCUCCAGUGUUGAUCCAUGGCACGAAGCCUCCAGUGAUAAUCCAUGGCACGAAGCCUCCAGUGAUGAUCUAUGGCACGAAGCCUCCAGUGAUGAUCCAUGGCAAGAAGCCUCCAGUGAUGAUCCAUGGCACGAAGCCUCCAGUGAUGAUCCAUGGCACAAAGCCUCCAGUGAUGAUCCAUGGCAAGAAGCCCAGUGGUGAUCCAUGGCACGAAGCCUCCAGUGAUGAUCCAUGGCAAGAAGCCUCCGGGGGUGAGACAUGGCACAAAGCCUCCAGAGUCUCCCUCCUGUCCAGAGCCGCCAGAGUCGUGCCCUCCUGUCCGGAGCCGCCAGAGUCGCGCCCUCCUGUCCGGAGCCGCCAAAGUCGCGCCCUCCUGUCCGGAGCCGCCAAAGUCGCGCCCUCCUGUCCGGAGCCGCCAGAGUCGCGCCCUCCUGUCCGGGGCCCGCUGCGAGGGUCCCCACUCCAGAGGCGCCACCUAAGAGGGCCAAGCUUAAGGUGGAGCGGGGUACACGUUCUGCACCAGAGCCGCCACCGCGGAUAGAUGCCCACCCAGACCCUCCCCUAAAGGUUUAGGUUUUGCGGCCGGAGUCCGC